AUGGGACUUGCAGUUGUCGGUACCCCUCUGGAUUGGGAAGAAACCCAAAAGCACGCAGAUUACAUACGCGAGCACGGCAUCACACAAUUUCUGAACAUUUGGCGAAAACAGCAAAAUCGAAAAGAUUAUCCAUUCCUCUGGGGAGACGAGAUUGAAUCUAUGGUCAUCUCUUACGACGAGGAGAAUCGAGAUGCUCGAUUAUCAUUGCGUCAGAGUGAGAUUUUGCCAAAGAUCCAAGCUUGCGAAAGUCGCCUUCGGGAGAUGUUUCAUAGUAAUGCCGGUUCCGUCCCCGAGUUCCAGCCAGAGUGCAAUCGCUAUAUGUUGGAGUCCGCUCCUGGAUCACCGUACAACGGUAGCGUUGAUAGCCUACUAUCAGUCGAGAAAGAUAUGCGAAACCGACGCAAACUCGCCAAGGCGUAUCUGCUGCCAAGUGAAUCCCUCGUGACGUUGACUUCAUUCCCCAGACUUGGUGUUCGAGAACCGUUUACACAUCACCCUGAAACUGACCCUGUGCAUGCGGCGACAAGCGAAAGUUUGUUUCUAUCGGGUGACAUCACCAGUCCUAAUGCCCGUUUCCCAUCUUUGAUUGCUAAUAUGAAGAGCCGACGAGGGGCCAAAGUUGCAGCCAAUAUUCCCAUAUACUUUGACACCAACACACCCAGGCCGUUUGUGGAUCCCACCAUUCCUUGGGAGACAGGCAUUUCUCCAGAAGAUCACGGGGCAAUCAAGCAAGACCAUAUCUACUUGGAUACAACCACAUUUGGUGCCGGUUGUUGCUGCUUGCAAGUUACUCUCCAGGCCCGUGAUGUAGACGAGGCUCGUGUCGUUUAUGAUGCUCUGGUACCAGUCGCUCCCAUUAUGAUGGCGUUGACCGCUUCCUCCCCGGCGUAUCGUGGGUAUCUUGCAGAUGUCGACUGCCGGUGGGACAUUCUUGAAGAAUCAUGCGACGAUCGGACAGAGGAGGAGAAAGGAUUAAAACCCCUCAAGGAAGGCCAGCAUCGGAUACCCAAGUCUCGAUGGAGUAGUGUGGAUAUGUACUUGUCUGAGAAUGCGGAAAACCGGCCCGAGUAUAAUGAUAUCCCCAUACCUUUCCACGAAGGUGUCUACCGACGCUUGCGUGAUAACAACGUGGAUGACCUACUGGCAAAGCUCCUCGCUCACCUGUUCGUCCGCGACCCACUCCUAGUUCUCCCCGAAAAGCUCGAACAGGACGAUGAAACAUCCACAGAGCACUUCGAGUCAUUCCAGUCCACAAACUGGCAGUCUCUCCGACUCAAGCCGCCGUCACAAACCGGCGAGUGCGGCUGGCGUAUAGAGUUCCGAACGAUGGAAGUCCAGCCGACAGACUUCGAGAACGCUGCGAUGGCACUUUUUGUCGUCUUACUUUCGCGCGCGAUCUUGAGCUUUGGUCUCAACUUGUACCUUCCGAUCAGCAAGGUGGACGAGAACAUGAAGCGGGCGCAGCGGAGAGAUGCUGUGCGAGGGGAAGGGUUCUGGUUUAGGAAGCGUGUAGGAACUAUCACCCGCAAUUCAUCGAACGGGGAUAGUAAUGGUCGCGAACGUGUAAUUGGAGAUGGACUUCAGGGUGCUGCGGAAGAUGAAUGCGAGGAGAUGACUAUCAACGAGAUCAUCAAUGGAAAGGGAUCUUAUCUCGGACUGUUUGGGAUUGUCGACGCAUACAUCGAGUCUCUGGAUGUGGAUGCGACUCGGAAACUCAAGCUGAGAAAAUACAUCGAGUUAGUUCGGCGCUCGCUUCAAACGCCGGCAACCUGGAUGCGAAACUUCGUUCGCUCUCACCCUGCAUACAAGCAUGACUCGGUCGUGUCUCGCGAGGUCAACUACGAUCUAAUGAAGGCGAUCGACGAAAUUGAACGAGGAGAGCGACAUGCUCCGGAACUUUUGCCCUCGGGUUACGUUGGAUCGAAGUAUGAUGAGCCUGAUCAAUAA